AUGGCCCUGAACAUCGAACCCCCGACGGCUUCGUUCCCGGCGGCUGGCGGCAAUGCGAAGCACAACAUUGUGUCGCUGAGCGACGGUCGUCUCGCCUUCAAGGUGAAAUCAUCGAACAAUGACCACUACCGCGUGCGCCCCGUCUACGGCUUCAUCGCGUCGAAGCAGUCGGCCGAGCUGGAGAUUGUGCGCAAGGAGGGACCGCCGAAAGAAGACAAAUUCGUCAUCCAGUGGGCCGAGGUGCCCGACGAGGAGACUGACCCUCAGGCCCCGUUCAAGGCUGGGGCCCAGGCGGGCGAGGUGAUCCUGCCGGUGAAGGCCGAA